UCCAGCUGAGCAAGCCAAAGCCCUAAUGUGGCUCCUGUCUUCCUGCGGGCACACAACUCUUUGUGGCUUUGAUGUAAAAGGAUUUACCAAGCAUUGCACAGCAAGACACUGUCAGAACCUGACGGUAGUGAAUAACACAUGACCGUGUAUUCAUCUCUCUCACUAGGGAUGAGCGAGUACACCACUAUCUGUAUCUGUAUCUGUUCAACCAACUAAAUGAUCUGUAUCUGUAUCUGUACUCGGAAUGGGCGUGGCAUAACCGGAAGUGGGCGUGGUUUAACCGGAAGUGGGUGUGGUUUACAUCAAUAUAUUAUUUUUAGUCUGAAAUUGAUAUGGAAUGAUCAGAAGUUGAUGUGUGUAUUGUUUAUUUGAAAACUAUUUACAGAGCAGCCUCAGAAUUGAGAUUAAAUAUUUUUGAUCACAAUAGUAAAGAAACUGUUACAGAACAAGUGUUUCAAUAAAAUUAGAACAUUAAUAUUUAAGUGCAUGGAUUAAUACAUCUGAACUCAUGCAGUAGGAACUAAGAAAUAUGAAAUUCUAGAACCAGACAUAACUUUAUGAAUAUUUUUUUAUUUUAAUUUGAUUAAACUGAUUUUUUUCUUAACGUUCUUGGUAUUUUGCCCCACACAAAGUUAAACAAAACAAUGUUGAUUGAGGUGUGUGUGUCUGAGAGAGAUAGAGAGGGAGAGAGAUGGAGUUAAAAAAAAUAAAAACCCGACCGGAGCGGAGGUACUUGAUGCAGAACGUCAGCUCUGUCUUGUCAAAUGCACCAUGUAAGUUACGAAAAAAGUAACUUUAAAUAUUCAACCGAAAAAGAGGCGAGCUGAAGAAAACCUAGGGAAAACUGAAGAAACGUGAGCAACAGUGAAGCAAUCACAGUGAGAUCCGUUACUGUCUGUGUGUGUGCGUGGAUGAACCGGACGGACUGCGCUCCCGGCCGGCUGCAGAGUUUUGUGUGUAGGGAGGGGCGGGCGCUCUAUGUGACUGGCCAAUCACAGAGCGUGAAAGGAUUUUUCUUCAGCACGAUUAAAGAUAUUUACCAGGUUUACUCGUGUCAUGCUCAUAUUCGUCAAAAAUGCUUUAUCCGUACCGGAUACUCGUCUGAAACGAAUAUCCGGCUCAUCCCUAUCUCUCACACAAAAUAACGGAGAUUUGAUGAAGGAACACAAACACAAACUUGGUAUUAAAGGAGCAUGGGGCAGGAUUUGUACAAAAUCAAAAACAAGAUAGGAUGUAUAUUCAUUCUUGUGAAGCUAAUGUGUGAUGUUACAAAACAAAAAGGAUGAGGCCACCCAUGUGUCAUUCCAUUAUCUCGAACAGGCUGUGUGCUGCAAAAUGCGCUGCAGUUCGGCCACCAAAUUUCCCGUGCAGUCCUACGGAUGUGACGUCAAUUGACAAAGCUUGCGCGUUCUCGACAGUUUUAAAACAGGAAGAAAACUUUGUCCACACUCCAGAUCGCUAGGUGGCGGUAAUGCGCCAUAAAACUCCAUAUAGUAGAAGAAGAAGAACUAUGUGAAGGGAUUCUACCGCAACAGACACAAAGAGGAGGCAGGUUUUAUCAGCGACAGUCAAAAACCAAAGGAACCCGAUUAUAUUUUGGAUACACGAUGGACGAGUGGAGGCUGCUUCAUUACUGACAUGGCUCAUUUCCUGCCAGGUAAGAAACGUCUCAACAUAGCAGAGAUGUAUGUCUGUGAUUUUGGCUAACUUUAGGGAUUUGGUUAUUACUACUUUAGAUUAACUAACAUCUUUGUGCAGAAACCUCUGAAAGCUAACAGUGUUUAGUGUUAAGCUUCCAGGUCAGUUUGAAAUAUCUAACGAGGCUGCACUUCUGACGGCUGAAGCACCCAGCUAUAACAGUAUCUCUUCUAUGUUUUGUGGGUAUAUGUUGAGGGAUCUCAAUUCAAUUUAUGAAACAAAAACAAUGACAAUAAUGAAAAUAAAAUAACUAUUACCCAAGGGGGUUAUUUUAUGUAAUUCAACAUUGAUAUUUGUGUUCUUAUUUACGUUGUUGUGAUGCCUUGUCCCGUAAUGCAAACGGUUUACCAAAUGAUCUCAGUGGCUUGAAACACUGGAUAUUCUUACAUGAAAUUAGCUUAGCUUGUUAGCAAGCUUUAUCCAAAAUGAAACCUAUAAUUAGCCUAAAACCAUCAUAAUCACCAGCAGCCACAAUGCCUUAUGCUCAUAAAUUAGCAUCAUGAUACUGUAUAGCUCACCAGUCACAAAACCGGCUGCUGUGUUUGUCAGAGGAAGGUACACUUUCUUUACAUCACGAGGGUCAUGGAUAAAUGAAAAUGCUACUGUCAGGUUAGCCUAAAGUAAUAUUGUUACUUACAUAGUCGCUGGACACGGUGCUUGUUUUCAUACCGGGCAGCGGUCUGGCAGCACGUCGCUGUGGAGUUUUUUUUUUUCCUUCAGUAAAGAGUUGGUGCGCGCUCCCGUGCCAAGCUGCAGUUCCUCACAGCGCCGAGCGCGUCGCUUAUGAGUUUUGUUUCUUCAUCCUGCCCCAUGCUCCUUUAAGUUAUAUGUCUACAGCUGAUUACAGAUCCACCAAGUGAUUAAAAUUUUUAAUUUAAACAGUUGGGAAGACUGAAAAUGUUUUUAAUAACCGCCUGUGUGACCAUCAUAGUUGUACCCUUGAACUAAGCCUGUAUCUAGGGGUGGGCAAUGUAAACGAUAUGAGGUAGAAACAAUAUAAAAUUGGGUAAUGAUAAGAGUUUUGGCUAUAUCGCAAUACCCGAUAUCGCGAUUAUAACACAUGACGUCACUAAGAUGUGCACCCUGCUGACAUUGGGGCAACAGAAUGGCAGUGACAGCAAGCAUGGAGUAGGCGGAGGAGGAGGCCUAUAUGCCUCAAGUGGCAUAUAUUUGCCACAUGAGGAUAUUUAAAAGCAUGUCAUUUUGACAUAUAGAAACAGAGGAAAAAAUAUAUCGCAAUAUAUAUCGUUGCCGCACAUGCUUCAGAUUAUAUGGCAAUAUAGAUUUGAGGCCAUAUCGCCCAGCCCUACCUGUAUCCUCACAUUUAUCUGAAGAUUAGUGGAAGCAAUGUUGUAAUAUAAUCAUCCGGAGCUGUUUUAUGUCUUUACUGAGUCAAAAAUGCAUUUGCUCAGAAUGCUAAACGGAGUGCAGAUAUUAUGCUUUGUUACCUCCAACCUGGCUAAGCCAGUCAGUAAACGAUUCCUCUGGACAAAUAUUCCUAUAGCAGCUUCAUUCCUUUGGAGAUCAGCCUGUGGGCACUGGAAUCCAAGACAAUGCCGGGAAGGAAAUGCUAAAUAAAAAAGAUGAUGUUAGAACUUUUUUUUUAAACAAAGGAUCACAUGACCUGGAAGUAACGUCCUGCUCCUCCAGCAGCCGUGACACAACCUCUUCUCAGUCCUCUGCAGUCAUUCCCAACACAAGUCAACAAACACUAGUUUCAAGUAUUUAAAUGUGUAUUAAUAUUAGUGUGUGUGUGUGUGUGUGUGUGUGUGUGUGUGUGUGUGUGUGUGUGUGUGUGUGUGUGUGUGUGUGUGUGUGUGUGUGUGUGUGUGUGUGUGUGUGUGUGUGUGUGUGUGUGUGUGUGUGUGUGUGUGUGCUGCAAACUGGGCCAGUUUCCCUACUGUGACAAUGCCACGGGCCAAGGAAGCAAACUGCGACAGACUCGCAUCACAUCCUUGACGGAAAGCAGACACUCAACAGAAACACCACAACCAAGGAGUUUCACAUCAGUCUCCAACCAUUUAAACCUGGACUGGAAGAAGUUUUCACAAAGUCUGUUUAUGUGAAUCAGUGAAACACAGUUUUACAAACUACAAAUACUGAGGAUGUGCAAAUUAAGAUCAGUGUAUUUCCCACCUGAGUCUCACAAAAAAAGAGAAAAUGCAGCGAGUAGUUGUCAUAGUUAAACCAAUACCUCCAGAUGUCUAAAUUAGGGCCCGACCGAUAUAUCGGCCGAUAUUGGGGUCAUUAACAGUAUUGGCUAUCAGCCAAAAAGAUGGCCGAUAUGGCCAAUAUUGCGCUACCUAUUCAGCAGAUGGCGCCAACUUUAUGAUAUGAACUCAUGUUGUGUGGCUCCACACCUUUGAACUUUGAACAGAAAUGAUUAUUGUGGAACCUUUUUUUAUUUAUUCUUAUUUAUGUUUCUUAUGUGCAAUUAUUUCCUGUCCAGGGUGAAUAAGUUCACCAAGUAAACUUCCACAGAGUGUUACUUUGUUACAAAGCACAAGUAUUACCUUUUAUUUAUUGCUGCAUUUUUAUUAUUUUAAUAUUCUUAUAGGGAUCUUCUGUCCCUAAGCUUGUGUGUGUUGUUAGAUUCCCCAGAGUUAGCUAAGUCUGAAAAAACAUGUUGUAACCAGUUGUUUUAGCAUAAAGCAAUGGAAGGGAAGGCUUGCAUUCACCUAAAAAACACUACGAUGUAUGUGAAUUCAGUUACAUUGUUUUAUGCUAAACUAAGAAAACCAACUGCUGCCAGAUCAUAUUGGGCUGGUUAUAAAAUGCUUUUUCUGACUUGUCUAACUGGGGAAUCUUAGCAAGACACAAUUUUACUGAGUGGUGGAAUAUUCCUUUAAGUUAAAAUGUAUUUGUGGAAAGCACAGUUUACAAGAAAAAACUUGAAUGUUAGAUUUAUGCUGUGUGUUCUGUUGUUUUUGAGAUCUGCUAAAUAAAUCUUAUUUGCAUUACUUGGAAACCCUAGUGAGUUAUUGAGACAGUUCUUUGGUGUGUAAUAGAGAAAUAAGUUUGCAUCAAAAAGGCAGAGAAUGAAGGGUUUAAGCUUAAGAAAUGUUUUAUUUCUUUUUUUUUGUGAGGGAGAUUUAUCGGCCAUUAUAUCGGCUAUCGGCCUUUGUUAAAAGUUUUAUAUCAGUAUCGGUCCCAAAAAAAGCAUAUUAUGCCUUUAUUAUGAUUCUUAGUGGGCUUCCUAAACUUAUUUUGACGUGGCUUUUUCUGUAUUAUUACUCAUAGCAACAAGUAAACAUCACGUAAAACGUUGCCUUGUGAUUUCUGCAUGCUGCCGUUUACGUGUUUUAUGAUCACAGCAAUUAACCGGCUAAGCGGUAUUUCAUUUUUAAUCAAUGGUUGAUCAAUUGUCAGAUCACACUUAAAAAGCAAUUUGGAUUGCUAUUAUCUGUCUCACCGAGACAGAACUCAGACAGAUCCUGAGAUGCUUCUGCCUGACAUAUUUAUUUUAUUCACGGAAAAAAAUCAGACUAGUGAUUUCUCUUGGCGUUCAGUUUAUACGUUCAAACAGCACAGAACUCUAUUUAAACUUCUUACAUGUAAAUCUAUGUUAUUUGUGUUUCUGUUUAAUUAGUUUUAUAAAUUAUAAAUUCACAGGAUCUUUCAUGGAGAUAAAGUCAAAGAGUCGGAGUUACCGGGGUCCCACCCUGGAGCCAGGCCUGGGGUUGGGGCCCGUGAGCGAGCACCUGGUGGCCGGGCUUUCACCCAUGGGGCCCGGCCGGGCCCAGCCCGAACCGGAUACAUGGGCUCAUCCAACUGUGGACCCACCACCCGCAGGAAGAACAUGAAGGGUCCGGUGCAUUGUGGAUCGGGUGGCAGACCAAGGCGGGAGCCUUGGCGGUCCGAUCCCCCGACAAGAAAACUGGUUUUUGGGACAUGGAAUGUCACCUCGCUGGCGGGGAAGGAGCAGGAGCUUGUGGCAGAGGUUGAGCGGUACCGGCUAGAUAUAGUCGGACUCACCUCGACACAUUGCAUUGGCUCUGGAACCCGAGACCUGGAGAGGGGUUGGACACUCUCCUUUGCUGGAGUUGCUCCAGGUGAGAGGCGGAGGGCUGGGGUUGGCUUUUUGUUAGCCCCAUGACUCUCUGCUUGUGUGUUGGGGUUUACCCCGGGGGACGAGAGGGUAGCUUCCCUGCGUCUUCGGGUCGGGGAACGGAUCCUGACUGUUGUUUGUGCUUAUGGGCCAAAUAUCAGUUCAGAGUACCCACCUUUUUUGGAGUUCCGCGGACGAGUGCUAGAUAGUGCUCCAUCAGGGGACUCCAUUGUCCUGCUGGGGGACUUCAAUACUCACGUGGGCAAUGACAGCGUGACCUGGAGGGGUGUGAUUGGGAGGAACGGCCCGCCUGAUCUGAACUCGAGUGGUGUUUCGUUAUUGGACUUCUGUGCAAGCCGCAGUUUGGCCAUAACGAACACCAUGUUCGAACAUAAGGAUGCCCAUCGGUACACUUGGUACCAGGGCAGCCUAGGUCGCAGGUCGAUGAUAGACUUUGUAGUCAUAUCAUCUGACCUGUGGCCGUAUGUUUUGGACACCCGAGUGAAGAGAGGAGCGGAGCUGUCAACUGAUCACCACCUGGUGGUGAGUUGGAUCAGAUGGCAGGGGAAGAUGCCGCGUAGACCUGGCAGACCCAGACGCAUAGUGAGGGUCUGCUGGGAACACCUGGCAGAAGAACCUGUUAAGACGGUCUUCAACUCCCACCUCCGGCAGAACUUUGACUGCGUCCCGAGAGCAGUGGGGGGACAUUGACUCCGAGUGGGCCUUGUUCCACUCUGCAAUUGUUGAGGUGGCUGUUGCUAGCUGUGGUCGCAAGGUGGCUGGUGCCAGUCAUGGUGGCAACCCCCGUACCCGUUGGUGGACACCAGAGGUUAGGGGAGCGGUCAGGCUGAAAAAGGAGGCCUAAAAGGCGUGGCUGGUCUGUGGGUCUCCUGAGGCAGCAGACAGGUACCGGAUAGCCAAGUGGGGUGCAGCAGUGGCAGUUGCCGAGGCAAAAUCUCGGGCGUGGGAGGAGUUUGGUGAGGCCAUGGAGAAAGACUAUCGAUCAGCUCCAAAGACGUUCUGGCAAACUGACCGGCGCCUCAGGAGAGGAAGGCAGCAACUCGCUCACACUGUUUACAGUGGGGAUGGGGAGCUGCUGACGUCAACUGAGGCUAUAGUCGGACGGUGGAAGGAAUACUUUGAGGAGCUCCUCAAUCCCACCUAUGCGCAUUCCGAGGAGGAACCAGAGCCGGGAGACCUGGGGAUGGACUGUCCAAUCUCGGGGGCAGAAGUUGCUGAGGUAGUCAAACAAGUACACAGCGGCGGAGCCCCGGGGGCGGAUGAGGUUCGUCCUGGGUAUCUCACGGUUAUGGAUGUUGUAGGGCCGUCAUGGUUGACACGUCUCUACAACAUUGCGUGGUCAUCGGGGGCAGUUCCUGUGGAGUGGCAGACCGGAGUGGUGGUCCCCAUCUUUAAGGAGGGUGACCUGGGGGAUCACACUCCUCAGCCUCCCUGGAAAGGUCUACUCCAAGGUACUGGAGAGGAGGGUCCGAUCGGUAGUUGAAUCUCAGAUUGAGGAGGAGCAAUGUGGUUUUCAUCCUGGCCAUAAAACUGUGGACCAGCUCUAUACCCUUACAAGGGUGAUGGAGGGGGCAUGGGAGUUUGCCCAACCAAUCCACAUGUGUUUUGUGGAUUUGGAGAAGGCCUAUGACCGUGUCCCCAGGGGCACCCUGUGGGGGACGCUCCAGGAGUAUGGGGUGGGUGGCUUUCUGUUAAGGGCCAUUCAGUCCCUUUACCAGAGGAGCAUGAGUUUGGUCCGCAUAACCGGUAGUAAGUCGGACCUGUUCCCAGUGAGGGUUGGACUCCGCCAGGGCUGCCCUUUGUCACCGGUUCUGUUCAUUACCUUUAUGGACAGAAUUUCUAGGCGCAGCCGUGGUGUGGAGUGUGUCGAGUUUGGUGGCAGGAGAAUCUCAUCUCUGCUUUUUGCGGAUGAUGUGGUCCUCCUAGCUUCAUCCAGCUCUGACCUUCAGCUAUUGCUGGGUAGGUUCGCGGCAGAGUGUGAAGCGGCCGGGAUGAGGAUCAGCACCUCCAAAUCUGAGACCAUGGUUCUCGACCGGAAAAGGGUGGCUUGCCAACUCCGGGUCGGGGGAGAGGUCCUACCUCAAGUGGAGGAGUUUAAGUCUCUCGGGGUCUUGUUCACGAGUGAGGGUAGGAGGGAUUGGGAGAUCGACAGGCGGAUUGGCUCAGCGUCUGCAGUGAUGCGGACGCUGAGCCGAUCUGUCGUGGUGAAGAGGGAGCUGAGCCAGAAAGCCAGGCUCUCGAUUUACCGGUCGAUCUACAUCCCAAUCGUCACCUAUGGUCAUGAGUAGUGAUGGGUCCAGCAACACCGACACACCGGCGCAUGUGUCAAGCUCAUGGAGCAAAACCUGUGUUGAUGCGUGUGUUGCUUAAGAAAAAGUCACGUGACCAACACUGCUGCUGUGUCGCUCAUUGCCAAGGCGCCAAACUGUGUUUAUAAGGUAUCGACUCUGCAUCUGUCAACGGGAUGAGUCGCCACGAAAAAAUUACCAUUUCAAAGAUAAAACAAGACAUCCCUCUUUACAUCAAGAAAAUGGAGCCAGAGAGAAAAAGAAAAGUUUCUGCUGUGUGGGAUCAUUUUGAUCUUUUAACAGCAAAUAAGGUUAAAUGUCGGAUCUGCUCAGCGGAGUUGUCUUAUACAAAUAAGAGCACUUCCUCAAUGCUGAGACAUUACAGAGUCAAGCAUGAAAACGAAGAGGAAGCAAAUACACCAAGAACGAACACAGAAUCUAGGAAGAUUGCUCUGGACCAAGCAGUCCUGAAUUUUAUUAUAAAGGACUGCCAACCCCUGAGCAUUGUGGAGAGUGAGGGGUUCAGGGGGUUGAUUCAGGUCCUUGAUCCAUCUUACGUUAUGCCAACCAGAAAGACGGUUAAGGAAAUGAUGGCCAAAAGGCAUGCGGAGGAACUCGAACGAGUAAAAAGGGAAGUACAGCAAGCUGUGGCAGUGAGAGUAACAGCUGACAUGUGGACCUCCUUGAACAUGGAGGCUUACUUAGCUCUUACCUGUCACUACAUCAAUGAUAAUAUGCAGUUGUGUACAUCUGUGUUGGGAGUCAAACACUUUCCACAAAGUCACACUGCUGACAAUCUGGCCAAAGUCAAAAGGGGCAUGAUGGAUGACUGGGCCAUAACAAACAAGGUAAGGUGUCUUGUGACCGACGCAGCACCAAACAUGAUAGCAGCAACACGAACUCUUCAAAUUCGACAUUCAAUCUGCAUUUUGCACACAAACUAAAUUUAAUAGUCAAAAAAUCCUGUGAUCAGAUCCCUGAACUUUCAUCCAUAAGACACAAAUCUAGGCAAAAUAUAUCCUUCUUCAGAUCCAGCACCACAGCAAAAGAGAAGCUAGCUCAAGUGCAGCAACAGAUGGGACGGCCCACCUUGAAACUUGUCACUGAGGUACCAACACGUUGGAACAGCACAUAUCAGAUGUUGUCACGGCUACAUGAUGAGAAAGAAGCAGUGUGGGUAUCUCUUGCCUCUCUCCAAACAGAUUUAACUCCACUCACAGCUGAUGAGUUCAACAUCUUAAGGGAAGCACUUCUUGUGCUGGCCCCUUUCCAUCAGGCCACAGUGGAGUUGUCUGAGGAGAGGAGAGUUUCAGGAUCAAAGGUCAUCCCGAUGAUGAAAAUGCUAAAUUGCGCACUUGAGCGGAACUCUUUACAUCAACACACACAAGCAGCCACACGUCUCCACGACCAACUUAGACAUCGCGUCACAGACACUGCUUCCAUUCUGGAGUCAUUAAGUGUGUUGACCCUAUCAACACUUUUAGACCCCAGAUUUAAAACACUCGGAUUUCGUAGUUCCUCCGAGUGUAGUGAGGCUGUCAAUCACCUGAAAAUGGAGUGUGCUGCAGUAAUUGCUCACACAACAUCUGAGCCACAGCCUGGACCUUCAUUAGAGCAGAUACCCACUUCAGGCAAGUUGUUCAGUAUUAUCAGUUUAUUUUCACAUUUGUUUUGUUGCUAAUGUGUAUUAAUACAGAGUAGAAGACAAAAACUAAAACUUCUAUGUAUUUUUUAUUAUUUCAGAUAAUCUGUGGCAACAGCUUGAUCAAGAGGUUGGCAGACAAACCACCAAUGCAACAGCUGACUCGAUCAUUGAGGUCCAGCGCUACUUAGCAGAGGGAAACAUUUCAAGACAAGAAAAUCCAUUAACAUACUGGGGGAACCGGAAGACAUCCUACCCACACCUUUUCCACCUGGCUUUACAGUUUUUGUGUACCCCAGCUUCUUCUGUGCCCUGUGAACGCGUGUUUUCGAAAGCUGGUGAAAUAGUGUCCAAAAAACGCAAUAGACUAAAUACCAACACAUUGGAUAAACUUAUUUUUCUUAAUAAAAAUUUAUAAACAUAAAAAAACAUUUGAGUCAAUGACACUGAAAUGGGUAAUAUCACAUUCACAGCACUGUCACUUUAAUUGUCACUUGGUAUCAUUCACAGAAUAUUUUGAGGUGUGUAUAUUUUAAAUUUAGAAGUUUAAAGUAAUACCAUAUGAAGUAGGCCUACAAUAGCUUACAGUGUAUACAAGGAUGAUUAGGUCAUUGAAUCAGUCUGUUGUGUCUCCAGUAUGUUGCCUGCAAUGAUAUUUAAAGUCCAGUAGGUGUCAUUAUAGAGCAAAACAGCAGCAAUGUGUCGACACAGUAUCAAUACUAUUUGGGGAAUGUGCUGAAACGCUUCAUGAGGCUUCAUCUACCCAUCACUAGUCAUGAGCUUUGGGUAAUGGCCGAAAGAACAAGAUUGCGGAUACAAGCGGCCGAAAUGAGUUUCCUCUGUAGGGUGGCCGGGCUCAGCCUUAGAGAUAGGGUGAGGAGCUCGGACAUUCGGGAGGGACUCGGGAGUAGAACCGCUGCUCCUCCGGAUUGAAAGGAGUCAGUUGAGGUGGUUUGAGCAUCUGGUCAGGAUGCCUCCUGGACGCCUCCCCGGGGAGGUGUUUCGGGCAUGUCCUGCCAGCAGGAGGCCCCCGGGUCGACCCAGGACACGUUGGAGAGGUUACAUCUCCAAUCUGGUCCGGGAACGCCUUGGAGUCCUGCCGGAGAAGCUGGUGGAGAAGGCCGGGGAGAGGACGGUCUGGAGCUCCCUAGUUGGGAUGCUCCCCCCGCAACCCGGACCCGGAUAAGCGGAGGAAGACGACGACGAAAUUAUAAAUGACAGGGCAUCUCAAAUCCGGUGAGAGGUCCACUCCGACAGCUUCUGGCAUUUUUAAAAAGUAUCCCAGGGGCAUGGUAAGGGUCAAAGAUGUUUAGUCUAUUUAAUUUCUGACUAUAUAAAACAAUAAAACAAUUUCUUCGGUUUUAAAGUGUGAAGUAAACUCAGACGGAGUAAAGUCCAAGCCGAUCCCGUUCAUUUUGUUUACCUUUGUUGCCUGCCAACAUGGUGUCUACUCUCUGAGAGUCAAAUGACGUCUGGAGCUCUAUAGUUCUUUAGAGCACUUAGAAAUUAUAAUUAGAGGGAUGGCAGGUUGAAAAACGUCUGCAAAGAGAAUUUUUUGGGAGUUUUACCCUAAAAGCUUCAUGUUACCCAUCAGGGUUACCCAAUGAUUUUACUCAUCAUCCUCCUGAGUGCCUCAGAUUAGAGGCCGACCAAAAUAUCGGGCCGAUAUGUUCAAUCAUUUCAAUAUCGGCCAAAAUUAUUUUUAAAAGCCGAUAGAAAAAAAUAAAUAAAAAUCAGGCACCUGUGUGGCAAACUGCCGCUAUUACUAGACUAAAGAAAGGGCCUGAAGGACCCCAACACACCGUUUAUUUUUUAAUGUUUUGAGUUACUUUGAUAUUUGAAGUUCAAUAAAUAUUAAGUGAUUUAUUGACUUAUCUAAUUUAUAUUUUACACGUUGUCUUUCACAAUCAAUGUGCUGCUAAAACGAAUAUAUACCAGCCUUAAUAAUCAGCUUUAGAUAUCGGCCAUCAGCAACAACAUUCUUUAAAAAUCGGUAUCGGCAUUUUAAAAACCAUAUCGGUUGGCCUCUACCUCAGAUCCCUCUAGCCUCUACUUUUACAUGAAAGUAUUUGUGGAUAUGUUUUAAGUUUACAUACACUUGCAUAUAUCUGAUGCUGUUUUGAUGGGCUGGGUGGGUGUUUGUCUUUAUUUCAUUUCAGAUAAUAGCAAUCAUUAGAAAUUCAUUCUCUUGCAAUAUUUGAUGUUUAGGUUCAAUCUGACUUGUGAAAAAAGUCACUUAUGUAUCAAUAAUAUAAAUGACUGUAAAACAACAUUUUUGCUCAUACCAACAUUAAUAAACAGUGGUAUAGCUGAUUUUGUACACUAGUUUAAUUAAAAUUUGUUGCAGGUAAAUUAAAAUUAUUACAACAAAAAAGC